UGAUUUCGGAAAAAUUUUCUUUUUUAAAGUUUUUUGCUAAAUUAAUUGAUUGAUUGAAAUGGUUAUUGUAAAAAUAAAACGACCAAAAGCAAUUUUAUUUGAUAUAUCUGGAACUGUUGCACGUGAAUCAUUUGUUGAAAAAAUUUUACAACCAUAUUUUAAAAUUGCUUUCCAGGUUUAUAUGGAUAAUUCAUGGCUAAAAGAUGAAUGGCAAGAUUGUUUAAGGAAAUUGGCUGCAACUGCUGAACGUGAUAUGCAAGCACCAAAAAUUGAUUUAAUAAAAGAAAAAUCCGAAGUAAUCAAAGAAGCAAUAAAAUAUAUUGAAUAUUGUUUGGAAAAUAAUCAUGAACCAAAAGCAUUUGUUUUAUUUCGAUUUCUAGUUUGGUUUGAUGGUUAUGAUCGAAACAAAAUCAAAACACCGGUUUAUUCUGAUGUAGCCGUAACGAUGCAAAAAUGGAAAAAUAGCCAGAAUAUUCGUCUUUAUGUAUUAUCGAAUGGUUGGAAAGAGGCAAGUAAAAAAUUCAUGUCCGAUACAUCACACGGUGAUUUGAAUCUAAUUAUUGAUCAACAUUUUGAUAAUUCAAUGGGUUCGUUAGAAAAUCCAGAAACAUUUGUAAAAGUUGCUGAUGCAAUACAGGAAAAACCUAGUGAUGAUUUAUUAUUUUUAACAAAAUCACCAUUGGAAGGUAAAGCAGCACAAAUGGCUGGUUUUAAUGUUGUUCUCGUAUUAACUCGAACACGUAGUGUUGAUGAAGCAAUGGAAAUUUGUCAAGAUAUACCUAUUGCUAGAUCAUUUACUGAUAUUGAAUUUUUGUGAGCAAAACUCACAUAUGACAAAAUCAAAUGAUAAUUUUUUUUAUAUUUAAAAAAAUAAACC